ACUAUUACAGAAACCUGUUCUAAAUUCUAAGUUAGGUUAGUGUGGUAUACAAUGUAUGUAAUUCAACAAUUCUUUCAUUCAUAUGAAAGUUGUACAUUUUAAAAGUGUCAGAGUCGGAGCCCAACACAAAUCACCACCAUUACCAAACCGAUAAGAGAAUUUCAAAAUAAGGGCUUUUGUUUUAUAAAAAAUCCAGAAGGAGUAACCAGAAAGUUGAACAAAUUGAAUACAGUGAGUUGUGGUUCUAUAUAGUGAGUUACAAUCAUCAAAUGUUGUAGGCUACAGCUGUGAGGUUUAUUUUUGUAGGCAGAACAUUCUGUUACAUGACUCCCCAUACCUGUUGGCAUUUAGCCGUAGAUAGGCCUGCUGAAUGGAGCCACUGGACUGUUGAUUAUUAACAUGUAAUUGGCCACUAGCUGCACUAUGCUCAAUGGGGCGAAACCAACCACUUAACUCUCUCAGGCCCACUUUACUGCAGCGGUGACCUUUAAGUCAUGGUUGAGCUAUGUAGUCAGUCAUUUUUUGUGUCAAAACUAAAAUAAAACAUCAAUUCAUGGAAGCAUACAGCAUGACGGUUGUAAUGCAAGCAGAAGAGUUUGUGCAGAAAGGCAUUAGAAAUGGUGAUGUUUCUAUAGUUUUUACAUAAAGCACCACAGAUCUUUGUUUACCAGGAAUAGUUUUGUAAGUAAACCCCACAUUUUAGCUGUUGUCUAGUUGUGUAAAAUAAGAACGCAUACUUGCCAUAUUGAGCCAUAGCACUCUGCAAAUAGCAUUUCCCUUGAACAUUUAUCCACCACAAAAAACCCUCCUAAUUCAAUAAGUGAAGAGAAAUGGCUCUCAUUACUGCAUACAGAUGCUGUAACAAACAAUAAGCCUUAGUGUAGAAGCCAAACAUACAAUUAUAACUCAGGAGGGAGACAGUGAGUAUCCCAACAAGUCUAUAUAGGCAAACAACCACUGAGUAAAUGACUGAAUGUACCACUUAUAAUAAAAUAAAAGGGGGUUAAAUUGUAUACAGUGGGUUGAUGUCCAGUAAAAUUAGAUUUAAAAAAAGAAUUUGAUUAAUCUGGCACCAUCAUGUGCCUCGGUUCCCUUGGUUUUCUGUGGGUCACUUCAUGCUGCCUAAAGCUGAGCAUGCACUACAGUGACCACUGUCCGGAAGCGGUGUCACGUCGCAUUCUGGACAGAGAGUCUCUAGGGACCCCUCCUGGAGGAGCUGGCAUAUAAAACGAGUGGCUCGCCCCUCCCGGACACACUAUAUCCAGCCUGGCCCGACGCGCCUGUGCUGCGCUUCAUGGAUGCUUCAGCAGUUCAGCAUCCUCAGCCCUGCCCAGCUCAGCGGAACUGAAACACAGUGACACGGACAAAUCUGACCGCUCUCUCCUCUUUAGGUGACUAUACGCUGCAUAUACUAGAGUGUUUGCUGCCAUGGCGAACAGAGGGCCCAGCUAUGGACUGAGCCGGGAGGUGCAGGAGAAGAUUGAGCAGAAGUACGACCAAGACCUGGAGCAGCGGUUGGUGGACUGGAUAGUUGCACAGUGUGGGGGAAACGUGGAGAGGCCACAGGCGGGCAGAGAGAACUUCCAGAAAUGGCUGAUGGAUGGCACAAUCCUCUGUAGGCUCAUCAACAGCCUUUAUCCGAGGGGGAAGGAGCCUAUCAAGAAGAUUCCUGAGACGCAGAUGGCCUUCAAACAAAUGGAGAAGAUCUCUCAGUUCCUGCAAGCAGCUGAAGCUUAUGGAGUUACAACCACUGAUAUAUUUCAAACUGUGGACCUCUGGGAAGGAAAGGACAUGGCAGCAGUGCAAAGAACUCUUAUGGCUCUGGGGAGUGUGGCUGUCACUAAGGACGACGGUCAUUAUAAAGGAGACCGAGACUGGUUUCACAGGAAAGCCCAGGGGUAUCGGCGAGAGUUCAGUCAAGAGCAGCUCCGCCAAGGCCGGAGUUUGAUCGGCCUACAGAUGGGCAGCAACCAGGGGGCUUCCCAAGCUGGUAUGACGGGCUACGGUAUGCACCGUCAGAUCAUGUAGACCACCCACUGGCUAACCUGCUCCCCUGCUUCUAAACCUUAUUUUCUCCUAACACCACAAAAGUUGUAACCUUCAUGUCCUUUGUAGCACCUGCCAUGUUAACCUCAAAUUCCCUGGAACUGCUGCUUUCCCAAACAGAGUAUUCUGUCUAAAAAGAUAUGAUGUCAAAUGCUGUAGAUCUCCUCCUUCAAGCUCUCCUCCUGUUCCUCUCUUCCCUUCUGUCGUGUGCUGUUCCCUCUCUAGCUUUGUUAACUCUUGUUUCUUACUUUGUCCAAGUCAUUAAUGUGGAACUCAAAGUCAUUCAACAUCAAUUUAUAGAGAAUUUGAGAUUGAAAUCUCUAUACAAAGCAAGUCAUCAGUAUUAUUCACAUCUUAAAUCUGAAAUACUGUUACAGCAUGUUGUAUGCUAUUUCCUUGUGUUAAUGUAUACAUUUACCAUUGGUUAUUGUUUUAGGAUGAUCUGUUACUGUAAUUAUUUAGCCUUAAACUACUGAAACUAAACAUCUGAUGAUGUCUCUGCUGUCUUGUCAGAAGACUUGUUGCAGUAUUCUCUGUAACCAAAUCAACCUCACGUUGUGCCUGGUUAUUGGACUACAGAGACUGGGUCCUGAUAUAUUGCCCUAGAAUUAUAAAUGAGUUUCACUCAUUCUGAGCCAUGCCCUUGUUAUUUGUUUGUUAGAUUACAUCUUUGUCGAUGAUGUAUCCAUUUUGUGUUCCAAGCAAGUAAAUGUGCAGUAGCCAACAUGUAUGACAGUAAAGUUUCCAUUUCUGGUGCCAGGUAAAGAUAUUGUUUGAAUGUGCACUUUUAUGUAUUGUCAUGUUUAUAUUUUAUAAAUAUAUUUAUAUCUGGAGGCUUGUGAGAAGACUUAUUGAAAAAAUAAAGUAUGUGAACAUGUAUUUGUGUC